AUGAUUGAAGAAAAUCCAGAUUCAACCAAGCUUGAGCCAUGGCAGAAGAUCCAUCUUGCGAAGAAGGCUCAACAGGCAGAGAGGAUACCUCUGGAGUGGUUACUCAAACCAGAAGACUUCCCAGCUGAAGGCACUGUCGAUCUCCGGCCCGUGGCAGCCUCUUGUGGUAUUCUAUCGGACAGAGAGCUCUUGAUCACGGGAGAUCGCCAUGAUGCCACAUCCCUGGCGGCUGCAAUUGCAGAGGGAACAUAUUCUGCCGUCGAGGUCGCCACAGCCUUCUGCAAAAGAGCCGCGAUAGGCCAUCAGCUCUGCAAUAACCUGACCGAGAUCAUGUUCCAAGAUGCCAUCAACGACGCAAAAAGGCUGGACAGAAUUUUCAAAGAAACCGGAAAGACCGUUGGGCCCCUUCAUGGGUUGCCAAUGACAUUCAAGGAAUGCUUCCAUAUCGAGGGAUAUGAUGCUAGCAACGGGUACAUUUCAAGAACAUUCGAACCUUCUACCCACACCACACCCCUCGUGGAGGUGGUCAAAGCAAAUGGUGCUGUGGUCAUUGCAAAGACAAAUACACCACAAACCAUGUUGGUGGCUGAAAGCGACAACAACGUAUUCGGUCAGACCAAGAAUCCAUUGGUCAGUCACUUGACCUGUGGAGGGAGCAGUGGAGGUGAGGGCUCUGUCAUGGCGUUCCGAGGGAGCGCCUUGGGAGUCGGCACUGACGUCGGAGGUUCUAUUCGUAUUCCUGCCGCCGCGAACGGGGUCUACGGCUACAAACCUAGCUUUGGAAUUCUGCCGUUGAUCGGAUAUGCAGCAUCCGGUUGGGUUGGUGCAAACACCGGAGUGCCGGCAGUCUGUGGCCCACUGGGCCAUUCCUCUAGGGACCUGGCCUUGUUGACCCGUGUCGUCCGGGAUGCUAAGCCAUGGACAUUCGAUCCUGCCGUGAUACCACGUAUCAUGGAGAUUGGCGCAGAGAAUCGAAAGCCAGUCGUAGGCGUGAUUCACAAGAGCGGCACAACCCCUCAUCCGCCCGUCAGACGAGCCGUCAAAGAGGCAGCGGACAAACUCUCGGCCGCCGGGAUUGUCGUCAAAGAUUUUGUUCCUCCGGACUUUAACGAAAUCCGCAUGGUAACCAAAGAACUCUUCACUCUCGAUGCACUGUCAUACCCACGAGGACAGCUAGAGAAAGCAGGGGAGCCCGUGGUGCCGUCGGUGGAAAAGAUCGGGUUUUGGAGUAUUCCUCGAAAGACGCAUGAGGAAGCGUGGGCCUUGAAUGCCAAAAAGCUGGCCCUCCAAAAGGAAAUGCUUGAUCGCUGGCAGAAAGCUGGCAUAGAUAUUGUGCUUGCCCCUGCUGGUCCGCAUACGGCUGUUUUGCCUGGAGACUGGACAGUGGACAUGUAUACGGUGGCUUGGAACGCCAUGGAUUAUCCUGCCGUGGUGAUCCCGUUCACCAAGGUAGAUCCUGCGCUGGAUCCCAAGGACGAAGAGUUCGUUCCACUACACGAACUCGACGAAAAGAUCCAGUCAUUAUAUGAUCCGCAACUGAUGGCUGGAGCUCCUGUUGCUCUUCAGCUUGUCGGCCCCCGGUUAGGAGAUGAGCAACUUCUCAAUGAUGUACAGACCAUCGAGACUAUCCUGAAGACGUAGCCAGACAUAUGUCCAGGCAGCAAUGACCAGGAAUGUGCAAAAUGGUAGCUUCUGACACCAGUUAGGGGGUUCUUGGGAGGAAUAUUUCUGGCAGUGUUUCCAAUUGUGUUCAGAUAGGUAACAGCUCCUGAGGGUACCGCUGGGCGAGCCUCAUCCAAUCCCAGUCCCCUCCAUUAUCUCUUGCCGCCCAAACACGGUUCACCACAAAAGAAUUUGUCCGCAUCGCUGUGAUAGUCUUGCGACCCUUACAGACGGCCGAUAACAUUUUCGUGGCGGUGAUCCUGUCACAUUCGUUGUACACCUCGCAUGAGGCUAGAAAGACAGGCCAUAGGGACAUUCUAAUGUCUUCUUCCAUGGCAGGGGUAU